AUGCGCUCAUAUGAUGAAGAUGAGACGAAGCAGCUGCAGGAUCUAGCCAUCUAUCUCGAUGCAAAGCAUGCUGCUGGCCUGGAGGUUGUCCAACAACUCAAAGCUCUACCAUCAAAUCCGCUUGCGCUCUCGUAUAUCACAGACCCCGAGCUUCGCGCCCUUCUGUGCGCACCAGACGUGGAAAAACACUUCACUACCUUCAAGUACUGCUCAGAACUCUUUCCAGUCAUGGGCAGUUAUAUCCAACAGCGCGCUCCAAACAAGGUGUUCGUAGAGACAUUCGUGUACCUGCGCGACAAGGCGAAGAAAGCAACGACGUUACUAGAGUGUUUCCAAAUCGUUCUCGAGUGCCUCCUCAACUAUGAGCCGUCCCGACCGGAAGAACACUUCAACGGUAGCGAAGCCCGACUGCAGUUCUUUGGCAACAUGCUCAAAUGUAUGAUUACCGAUAAGCAUCUUGAAGUCCCUCCGAUCGCUUUCCAUUUCCACGAGAACAACUUUACUAUUCCCAAAGCCACCCUUCAGCAGCUUGAACAGGAUCAAGACGUGCCGCAAGCUUGCACCGAGAAACAGGAGAAGAACUCGGAGAUGAAACCAUCGCGGAAGGAGCGUGGCAUUCUGAACAUACACCACCUGGCGUUCGAUCCAGAGUCACUGAAAGGACUACUGGACGACGAACCGUCCCGUGAAAUCGAAGCAGUACAUGUCGCGUUUCCGGAAGAUGAGAACGUUAUGGGUAUAGAUGUGGAAGAUGAGCAGGGUAACAAGCUCGUUUGGAAAGACGGGAAGCCGCAUAUUGUCUUCGCUGUUACCAAAGCUGAAGACAAGACUGCUGUCAAGGAGAUGGAUGAGCAACCGACAAAGCCUACAGAUGAGCUUCAGGCUGCGCCAACGAAGACGACAUAUCAACCAACAGGCGGCUUUGGUUUCGAUUACUCAGACGAAGAAGAUGACACACUUUUGAACAAUGAAGUGGCCGAAACUAAGGCGAUUGGGGUCGAGAGCGUCGACAUGUCCUCAGACCCAUCACCAUACCUAUGCAUACCCUCCUCCCCACCCGUAUCGGCCGCAGACUCUUCCGAACAAAUGCGAGAACGAAAGCGCGGGAGCAAGUCAACCCAUCAGUGGCUCCUCCUCACCAUCAUCACGUAA